CAUCCUCUGCUGCGCCAUGAUAACGCCUAUUGCCCACGGAGAACGUGUCGGUGUCUGCUCGCCUGCCGCCAGCUUUGGGGAACUUGCUCUGCCUUCAGGAUCUUGUGCGGCACUUGCGUUCUUGCGCUAUAUAGUCCUCCUCGGUAGCGCAAUGGUAUUCUCCUCAACAUUCUCUUCUGUCUGUGCUGCACUGCUACGUAGCGUCCUUGACGAUUCCUGCGCCGUGCAAAAAAGGACGUGAUUUUUUUUAGAAAUGCUAGCUGCUCUGACACCCUUCUUUCUGCUCGACGCGUUCCUGCUCCUCCUGCUCGUGUCUCUCUCUGUGCCGAUAAUAAAUAUAAUAUACCUGUUCCAUCUCGUGGGUCAUGACACCUCUGGCUUUCUCAAUGCAGACGGCAGCGCCUGGUUCGGCGUGUGGGGCUACUGCGUAUCGGCAUUAGACGUCUCCGUCCUCGGCUACAACGACAGCACCGGUGCAUCCUGCUCCAAGGUUACGCUCGGCCACGACCUCAGCCCCGCCGUCCUCGCCGCCCUCAAGCUCACUGGUGUCAACCUCAGCAGCGGUGCUAUCUCGCGUGCUACUAGCGCUAUCCUGGUCCUGCACCCCAUCGCGUGCGGGUUCGCCUUCAUCCCUCUGGUCAGUUCCCUGUUCCUGCUUCGCCGCCGGCCCGUUCCCGGCGAUCGCGUGUCACGCUGUGGGGGUAUCUACACGCUCGUAGGCAGUCUGUUCGCUGCCGUGCUCAUCACCAUCGUCUUCCUUAUCGACGUCAUCCUCGUCGCCGUCAUGCGCCGCAAGGUCGACGCCGGCUCCGACGGUGCCCUAACCCUCAACUGGGGCAAUGCGGUCUGGAUGACUUUGGGAGCAACUGUCGCACUCUGGCUGGCGACGGCCGGUGCAUCAGCCGCUGUUUGUGCCUAUGGCAAAAGAUAUCGCAAAGCCACAAUGUACUAGGGGUCUGGUAUACCCUUUUUAGAUUGCGGGGGUGCGGGUCCGGG